AUGAAGAUCAUAAGAGGAGAGACAGCACCAGGAUACGACCCGCAUGGCAAGUUCCUGAAUGGCAACGACGGAGAUUCGUUCUUGAACGAAAAUCACAAAAUCAUGGUAGAAUCACUUUCUCCUGGCACUGGUUUGUCGGAAUUAAAUAAGGGGGUCCUGGAGAAAGUGGCAGGAUUCCUUAAUGUAAUUGACGGAGAUGGGGAGACAUUCGGUCUCUAUAGAUGGAUUCGAGACGUCCUGACCCUCGCCACGGCAGACGCUCUCUAUGGAUCCGCAAGUCCUUUAAAUAGUGACCAUAGUCUUAUAGACGCAUUAUGGGAUUUUGAAGAGAACAUGACACUUCUUAUGCUCAAUUUCCUUCCAACAUUUUUGGCAUCAAAGGCGUAUCAAGGCCGCCUUGCCAUUAAAUCAGCAUUCACAACCUACUACGCUGAGAACAACCAUCUCGGUGCUAGUAAACUCAUCCGCUCACGGCUCGAGUGCUGUCAAAGAUGGGGAUUCAGCCCCAACGACAUCGCCAAUUUCGAAAUCAGCACUCUGUUCCUAGCAACGACAAACUCGAUCCCAACCUCCUUCUGGCAACUAUCCUACAUCCUCUCUUCACCCUCCCUCCUCUCCGAAAUCCGCACAGAAGUAGAAUCCAUCGUCUCCCGAAAAAUCGACCCAACGACCGGCGAAGAGGAAGCCGUAAUGGACAUCUCCCACUUCCAAACCCACUGUCCCCUCCUCCUCUCCACCUUCCAUGAAACCCUCCGCCUCGUCGACGCCGCUACCUCCGUCCGCGCCGUCACCCAACCCACGACCCUCACCUCCUCCACCUCCCCCACAACAUACCACCUCAAAUCCCCCUCCGUCAUCCAGCUCCCGUCGGGUAUAACGCACACGAGUCCCCAGAUCUGGGGUCCCUCCGCCUCUUCUUUCUCCCCUACCCGCUUCCUGCCCUCAACCAAAGCCGCGCUCCCGAAAUCGACCCGUCGCGCCCAGGCAGCGGCCUACUUCCCGUUCGGCGGCGGCAAACAUCUGUGUCCCGGCCGUCAUUUCGCGAUGAUGGAGAUUUUGGCCUUCAUAGCGCUCAUCGUGGUCGGGUUCGAUGUGUGUCAAGAGGGCAGCGAGACGGCGGGUCUAGAACAGGUCCCCGAGAGAGCAUUCCAGAAACUGGGGACCGCGGUUAGGAAACCGGUUCGGGAUGUAGGGGUGCGUGUUAAGAGGCGGGAAGGGUGGGAGGGAGUGCGGUGGCGGUUUGGAGAGGGCGAGGAGGUGGAUUUUGGGGGCUUGGUUGGGGAUGGUGAGGAGGGGGAGAGUGAGGAUUCGGAGUAA